CAGGUUCAUGACCUGCUGCUGCCGCAGGAAGAAGUUCCUACAGAGCAUGAGUAAGAUGCUGGGACCCUGUAUGCUGCUAGCACUGAGGGAGAAGCCUGCUGCUAUAGAGGCCCUGUGCGCCAUGUUGGAACUGGAGGUGGUGGAGAACAGUGACACGAAGCUACAGAUAGUGACUACGCUACAGAGCACCACCUGUGGCAAGAAGCAGUACUCUGCUCUGUGUGAGAGACAGAUCGCACUGAGGGAGCUG